AAUCAGUAUACAAUUUGCAAUUGAAUCGAAAUCAUUAGAUUUUUAAGUUAGUUUUACAAUGAAUUUCAUUUUGUUGGCUUGUGUGAUCUGUUUGGUUGCCUACGCAGCUGCUGAACCCAGUUGUCCUCCAACUAGUGAUCCCGGAACAGUAGUUCAUUUUCCUCACCCGACGGACUGUAAUAAGUUUCUAUCUUGCCAUUGGGGAAACUUAGUUGAGCUAAGUUGUCCAAAUGGAACGUUUUGGAAUGAUAGCAUCAAAGCCUGUGAUUUUCAAGCAAAUGUUAAUUGUUCAUCCACAACGGAGCCUGCAACUACUACCGAGCAAUCUACCACUACAACGACCGAGUUGCAAACCACUACCACUACAACGGAGGUCUCUUCAACAACUGUUGCUCCAGUAGGAAAAUGCCCAGAUCAGUACGAUCCAGAUCACCAGGUGUACCUUCCUCACGAAGAUUGUUCAAAGUUUUACAUAUGUACAUGGGGAGGAGUAGCUAUCGAGCAGAAGUGUCCAGCAAAUCUUCACUGGAAUCAACAACUGUCAUAUUGUGAUUACCCGCAGCAAGCAGGUUGCACUUCAACUUCUCCAGCCACCACCCCAUCUUCAACUACAUCUUCAUCCUCACCUUCGCCUACCACUACAACGACCGAGGUGCACACCACCACUAGCACAACGGAGGUACCCACAACGACAGAGCUUCCAACUAGCACUACGGAGGUUCCUUCAACAUCGGUGACUUCUGUAGGAAAAUGCCCGGAUCAGUACGACUCAAAUCACCAGGUGUAUCUUCCCCACGCAGACUGCACAAAAUACUACAUAUGCAGCUGGGGAGGUGUAGCUAUCGAGCAAAAGUGUCCAGCAAAUCUACACUGGAAUCAACAACUGUCAUAUUGUGACUAUCCGCAGCAAGCAGGUUGCACUUCAACUUCUCCAGCAACCACCCCAUCGCCAAGUACAACUUCGUCUUCACCUUCUCCUACCACUACAACGACCGAGUUUCAAACCUCCACUAGCACAACGGAAGUCCCUUCAACAACAGUUGCUCCAGCAGGAAAAUGCCCGGACCAGUACGAUCCAAAUCACCAGGUGUACCUUCCUCACGAAGACUGCACAAAGUAUUACAUCUGUAGUUGGGGAGGGGUAGCUGUCGAGCAGAAGUGUCCAGCGAAUCUGCACUGGAACCAACAACUGUCGUACUGUGACUACCCACAGCAAGCAGGUUGCACUUCGAUUAGCCCAUCGCCUUCUCCGGCAACCACACCAUCGUCAACUCCAACCUCAUCUACCUCAACUUCUGCUUCUUCAACUGCCUCGCCUGCUCCUAAUCCCGCCACCGACUGCCCGCCAGUAUACGACCCGAACCAUCAGGUCUACUUCCCCCAUGAUGAUUGCAGCAAGUACUACAUCUGCACCUACGAAGGGAACAAACUGGAGCAAAACUGCCCGGCGGGACUUCACUGGAGCCAGAGCCACAGCUAUUGCGAUCGUCCGGAACUGGCGCAGUGCACCUCAGCCUAAGAAGCGGACGCAUAAUGCGUGAAGUGAAGAAGAAAGGUUCGGAUGUACACCAGUAUUCUUGGUAUUCUUCAGUAUGAGCUUUCAACAGCAAGCAUUUUAUAAAAAUUGAUUUAUAAACUCCAGAAAAAAGAAAA